AGCUCCACUUACGAGAAAUUUUUGUUCUUUUAUAAGGCUUGACAUGGUCGAGAAACUUCCAUCAAACAUUGAAGUGGUAUCAAGCCCGACAAAGCCAUGUUGUUGCAAUUUUCUGAUCGUCCCUAGUCAUAUCGACUUCGUACUAUUCUCGUAAUGGGUCGUAAAUAUGAAUCAAACAUAUAGCCCGUUAGGUCCCCGGCAUAACCCGUGCCACUAUUGGAGAAAAGAUUCUCCUCAGCCAGUCACCCCCAUCCACUGCCGUCUGUCAACCUCCACCCUGAACCCUUCCCUAAACAAUGAGCAAAAGAGUUUUCAGUAUUGCUCUUUUUUCUCCAACUCUACCCUUUUACUCUUUCAAAUUCUUCACCAGAUUCCUCAGCACUGACAACAGUCUACAAGGAUUAGUAGACCCAGACCUCAAUUUCCCUGGAAACGACGACUCUUUUUCACCCCAAAAUUCUCAGGCCCAAUCAGUGUCAGACCAAGACUUCACAUUUAUCAGGGACUCUUUGUCUGACUCUAAAGGUGAAAACUUUGGGUCCGGUAAGUGCUCAAAUGAUGCUUUUACAAUCAUAAAUGCUAUAAGGACUAAUAAUGAUGGGGUCGGAGACAAAUCCCAGAAAUUUCUUAGGCUAUUCAGAGAGAAACUGAAUGAGAGCUUAGUUGUUGAUGUGCUAAAGAAUGUACAAAGUGCUGAAUUAGGUGUCAAGUUCUUCAUGUGGGUAGGUAGGCAAAUAGGAUAUACUCAUAGUUUAACUGUUUAUAAUACUGUAUUAGAUUUAUUGGGCUGCGAUAAAUAUGACAGAAUACCGAAUCAUUUUUUAGAAGAAAUUAGGGAUGAUGAUAGAGAAGUGCUUGGGAGAUUGCUUAAUGUGCUGAUUCAGAAGUGUUGUAGAAAUGGGAUGUGGAAUUUGGCUUUGGAGGAGUUAGGGAGGCUCAAGGAUUUUGGGUAUAAGCCUUCCAGGGCCACAUACAAUGCGUUGAUCUUUGUGUUUUUGGAAGCAGGCAGGUUGGACACAGCUUUUUUACUUCACAGGGAGAUGCUGCAUUUGGGUUUUAAGAUGGACAUGCAUUUGUUGGGUUGUUUUGUGCAUUCUUUAUGUAAAAUGGGUAAAUGGAAAGAUGCUCUUGAGUUAAUUGACAAGGAAGAUGCUGUCCCCGAUACAGUGCUUUAUACAAAAAUGAUCUCUGGUUUGUGUGAAGCAUCGCUUUUUGAAGAGGCUAUGGACUUUUUGAAUAGGAUGCGAUCAAGCUCAUGUGUUCCUAAUGUUGUGACAUAUAAAAUUUUGCUAUGUGGGUGCCUAAAUAAGGGGAAAUUGGGUAGGUGUAAAAGGAUUCUUAGUAUGAUGAUUACAGAAGGUUGUUACCCAAGUCCUAAAAUAUUUAAUUCUCUUGUUCAUGCCUAUUGCAAGUUUGGUGACUAUGCUUAUGCCUAUAAAUUGCUCAAGAAAAUGGCGGAUUGUGGUUACCAGCCUGGUUAUGUUGUUUAUAAUAUACUGAUUGGAAGUAUAUGUUGCAAUGAGGAAUUGCCAAGUCCAGGCGUGUUAGAAUUGGCAGAAAAAGCAUAUAGUGAAAUGCUUGAUGCAGGAAUAGUAUUGAACAAAGUCAAUGUCAGCAAUUUCGCGCGAUGCCUUUGUAGUGUUGGAAAGUAUGAGAAAACAUAUAAUGUGAUUCAUGAAAUGAUGAGCAAGGGAUUCAUACCUGAAACUAGCACAUACAACAAAGUCAUUGGUUUUCUUUGUGACUCUUCCAAAGUAGACAAGGCAUUCCUGUUGUUCAGAGAAAUGAGAAGGAAUGAUAUUGUUCCUAAUGUCUACACAUACACAAUUUUGAUUGAUUGUUUCUGUAAAGCUGGCCUUAUUCAACAGGCUCGCUGCUGGUUGAGUGAAAUGUUAAGGGAUGGAUGUACUCCUAAUGUGGUGACAUAUACUUCACUUAUACAUGCUUACCUGAAAGCAAGGAAAAUGUCAGAUGCAAAUGAGCUAUUUGACUUGAUGUUAUCAAAAGGAUGCACCCCGAAUGUUGUCACGUAUACUGCUUUGAUUGAUGGGUACUGCAAAGCUGGAGAUGUAGAAAGGGCUUACCAGAUUUAUUCAAGAAUGAGGGGAAAUGGUAAUUCUCAAGAGGUAGAUGUUUACUUUAGAAUUUCUGAUGAUAGCAGUAAGGAACCGAAUAUAGUUACAUAUGGUGCUUUGGUUGAUGGUUUAUGCAAAGCACACAGGGUGAAAGAGGCCCGUAGUCUUUUGGAUGCAAUGGCGGAAGAAGGCUGUGAACCGAAUCAUAUUGUUUAUGAUGCUCUUAUUGAUGGCUUUUGCAAGGUUGGUAAGCUGGAAGAAGCACAGGAAGUAUUUGCUAAGAUGUCAGAACGUGGAUACAGUCCAAAUGUUUAUACUUACGGCUCUCUAAUUGACAGGUUGUUUAAAGAUAAACGUCUGGAUCUUGCUUUGAAAGUAUUGUCUAAAAUGCUUGAAAGUUCUUUUGCUCCCAAUGUUAUUAUCUAUACGGAGAUGAUUGAUGGACUUUGUAAAGUUGGGAAAACAGGAGAAGCUUACAAACUGAUGCUGAUGAUGGAGGAAAAAGGUUGUAAGCCAAAUGUUGUAACUUAUACUGCCAUGAUAGAUGGGUUUGGAAAAGAUGGUAGAGUAGAUAAGAGCCUUGAACUCUUGAAGGAGAUGAGCACCAAAGGUUGUGCCCCAAACUAUAUAACAUAUAGGGUCUUGAUAAAUCAUUGUUGUGCUGUUGGACUCUUGGAUGAGGCUUACCAACUUCUAGAGGAGAUGAAACAGACAUAUUGGCCAAGACACUUGGCAAACUAUCACAAGGUCAUUGAAGGCUUCAGCAAGGAGUUCAUAACGAGUCUCGGACUAGUUGAUGAAAUGGGACAGAAUGAUUCUGCUCCCCUUGUUCCAGUAUACAAAGUUCUGAUUAAUAGCUUUCAGAAAGCUGGAAGACUCGAAAUGGCUGUAGAGCUGCAUAAAGAUUUUUCCGCUGUGCCAUUCAUUUCGCCUACUCACAUAAAUACAUAUUAUUCUUUGAUUGAGAGCCUCUCCAUUUCGCAAAAAGUUGACAAGGCAUUUGAGCUGUACGCUGACAUGAUAGAAAAAGGAGGAACUCCUGAGUUGAGUGUCAUUGUUAACCUCAUAAAAGGGCUUAUCAAGGUUAACAGAUGGGAAGAUGCACUUCUACUUUCAGAAAGCUUAUGUUACAUGGCAGGAUUUCCCAUCAGAAACCUAACAAAAACUUGCACAAUUUUUAUGGGCUCCAUGAGACUUGAACCCAGGAUGGCAAGACAUUUGCUUGCACAGAUACUAUGUUAAAGCACUUGACAUAAAAGCUUAAGAAUAUACGAUGGUUGUCAAAUGAACAAACACUGAAGGGCAAGUAGACUAAUAUCCUUAGUCUCGUACCUCAUGUGCACUCCUCAUUACACAUCUGUAUAUCCAUCAAAUUUGUCUCAAGUUGGACACUCGAACUGUGAUGAAGCCAUGUGCACGGAAUAUCUUACGUACGAAUUCCUGAUACUAUCUUGCUGUGCUGUCAGUCCUAUGUGAAGGGAAGGGACUUUAUAGCAAUCUUAUUUUCAAACGCAAAUAUGCAUUUACUAACUUGCAGAGAAAUUCUUGUGAUCGCAAUUUUGAAGUGCUUGAUUACCAUAAAUCCCAACAUGGAAAAAAGUUGCAGCUGCAUGAAUUUGAAACUGCUGGUUCUUGGCCAGAAAUUCCUUUGCCUAACAUCACCAGUGGACAGAAUCUGAAGAUAACAUAUACGAAGAUGAUGAUGCAACAGUACGAAGAAGAUGACAACAAGGAAGCAGCUGUUAUUUGGGAAAUAAAACAGUGUUGCAAGCAUUGGCGGACCUGCAGUUGGUCCCGGUGGGACACGUGACCCACCAAUUAAAAAGAAUUUAAAAAAAAAAAAAAUAGAAAAUGAUAAAAAUGGAGUAAUCUAAAAAACCCUUCCACUUUCCAAUUUACGGGCUCCAAACCAUCCCACAUUCCUGUCCCCAGAUUCCACUACCAAAUUGAAAUUCAAUGCGAGAAACCAUCUCACUUCCCACUCCCAAUUCAAUCCCAUCUCUGGGCUCCUCGGCUCCCAAUUCCCAACGUUGAAGCUAGGCCAUUUAAUCCACCUUUGUCGUCGCUGCCGAUCGUUCGACUCCCUUUGCCAGCGGUUCUACCACCACAAACGGCUGAAGACAGCGAUGCACUUAGAAUUCUUCUUCAUUACAGUAUUUUCAUUCUUGAAAGCUAAGGUUCUUGCACUAGGAGAGGAAGAGAGGAGAGAGAAAUUAAAGUUAUGGAAAAGAAUUUUAAACGUAAAUCUGCGUUUUCUUGCGAUGAGCAAAAUGUUAAUGGAAGAAAUGUUCAAGAUAAAAGGGAUGGACAUGAUGCUGAAGAUAAAAAGGAUGACAAACUUGGGGAUGAAAUGAAUGAAAUUGGUGGAACUAAUAUUGGAGAUGUCCCAAUUGAAACAAUUAUCAGGAAUGUUGGAGAUGAAAGGCUUGAAUUUGAUAUUGCACAGCUUCCUUCAGAUCCUGGAUUGAGGGUUCCAAUACAAAAUUAUGAUGCUAAUGUUUGAGAUGUAAUUCGAAGAGCAUAAGUGCAAAGGGGUCCAUGUCAGCCUCGCAAUCAUGAAUUUCCACCUAAAAAAUGGCUAAAAAAGAUAGGUGAUUUUGUGUUUCAUGGUAUAACGAGUAUCCUAGUUGGUUGGAAUACAGUAUAGGAAAAAAAGCUGUAUUUUGCUUAAACUGCUAUCUUUUUAGCUCAAGUUGUGGUUCAUUUGUUAAUAGUGGGUUCUCAAAUCGGAAAAGAAAGGAAAUUAUUAGAAAACAUGUUGGGGCACCCCAAAUAGUGUACACUAUCAGGCUCGGGUCGGGUAUGAAUCAUU